AUGGCCUUCUAUAGUGACUCAAGUAUGCGAGAGCUCCGGGAAGCUGCUGCCAACGAAAUAAGGAGAGCAAUCACCAGUGGUAUCCCUGAUUGUCUCAGGAAUUGUGUAAACAAGGAAUAUUUGAUUCUUGGCGGGGGCUCUACUGGAAUGAACCACCAUGCUUCACAGCGCCAGUCUAACGCGGCUGCAGCCUUGGCCAAUAGUGCAGUAGCUGGUCUAGCGAAUAGUCACUUUUCGAUGCCAGGUGCAUGUGGUGGCGCCGGCGGUGGCGGUGGUAUUGGAGCUGCUGGGGGUCUGGGCAGUUCAGCCGCGGCGGCUGCUGCUGCAGCAGCUUCGGUUGCUGCUGCCGCAGCGGCUGCGAGAAAUAUGGCCGCUCUGGGUAUGGGUGCAGGGGCUGCCGGAGGGUCGGGUGCUGGUGGAGUCGGCGUUUCAGGCCCUGCUGGCGUCUGUCCUCCUGUAUCCUCUUUCUCACUGCCUUCUGGCGGGAUUCCUGGCUUAGCUGCAGCCAUGGUAGCCGGGGGCAUUUUAACCAGCGCCUCUUCCACGACACCUUCGAUAUCCUCGCUUACGCAGACAGGUCUCGGUCCCACCUCGGGUGCGCCUUCGACUUCGGGAUCUGGUGCUGGGGGACACCAUGCUUCCCCACACCACCAUCCUGCUUUGGCUGCGGCAUACGCAAACUUCCUUGCCCCUGGGCUUGCUGGUCUAGGCCUGCCGGCUCCACCUUCAUGCGCCACUGGUCUUGGCGGUCCUCCCGGAGGACCUGGUCUUCCGCCCUCUCUUUCAGCAGUUUCCUCAGGUUGCCUAGUCUCUACUAGUGGUUGCAGCCUCAAUUCAUCCGGCGGCGGAGGCCUAACUAGCAUAGCGGGGAGUGGCUCAUGCUCUACAUCCAGUGGAGGCGCUGGUGGUUCUGGCGGAUCCUCAGGAUCCGCAGGCGCACCUGGAUCUAUGUCCCUUUCGGGAGCACCACCGCUUUCCAUUUCUACAUCAGCCACGGGUCUAGAAGGCCUACCUAGCAGCUUGGCAGCAGCUGCUGCUAGCUUAGUAGCCUCCAAUUUCAGUUCAGUGUAA